AUGACUCGUAUACAAUACAUAACGUGUCUCGUACCAUGUGUUUUGAAGGUAAUCCUGCCAAGUCUCCACAUUUCGCUCGGCAUCUUCAAGAAGAUCUAUGACCUCCUGGAGUCCGAUUGCCACAGCCUAGACGUCAGGUUGUUCAAGCUACGAGUAGAGGGAGCAGAUGAAGAUGAUGAUGAUGAUGAAUUUAACUUCGACCAAGCAGUAGUUGCAGAAGUAAGGAGGCAGCAGGAACUACAACACCAACUUCUACAGAAAAGAGAAAGCCUUGAAGAAUUAGAAGAGGAACUGCCCCUUUUUCAACUGCAAAGUCAUCCACAGGCACAACAGGCACAACAAAUACAUGGCGAAUACAGGGAGAUGAUAUGUAAAGCUGGGCAGCUACACACUGAUAUCACCGAAUUGGAAUCUCGUGCUGCAGCUGUCGACCUUCCCUUUGGUACGGGACCAGUAGCCUGUGGUCUUGACACAGUACUGCAAAAGCACAACGUUUGCAGACAAGCGUACCAUGGUAAAUCAUUCGUGGGGAAUCACGUGCAUAAGUGUUGCCAGGUGAAAGUCAUAACUGACUUGACGUCAGUUCCACGAUCAGUGAUUGCUAAUGCCAAAUCAGAAGACAUUUCCAUAGCUGCUUUGAAUAGGUUAGAGCGAGAGGCAGCAGUAAUCAGCAAGAAAUUUGAAGAGGUGUUGCUGCAAUUUGCCGACGUUCAUCAUGGCAUCAACCAUUCCAAUCCCCUGACAGAUGAUGGAAUCCAGCAAAUCGACAUCAGCAUCAAAAACUUCAUGCGGUGUUUCAGGGCCCACUUCCCCAAGGCAAACAUCAGUCCCAAAAUGCAUCUUUUGGAAGACCAUGCCGUAGAUCAGCUCCGAAUGUUCAAGGUUGGGUUUGGUCUUUUAAAUGAGCAGGGAGGUGAAUUGGUGCAUACAGAGUUCAACCGGUCAGGGAGGGUAGUUCAAGGGAUGCAGGAUCCACUGCAGAAACUUCUCAGCGUCAUGAGACGUCACCAUACAACCACCACUCCAGAAAUUCGAGCAGCUUGUGUCAAGAAGACCUGCAAAGAAGAGUGA